CUAUAUUUUCCUCAUCUCUUCGUCGUCCUCCCACUUUUCUCCAGCCCGCCGCCGUCGCCAUUGAUGCCCGCGCGCCGUCCCCAAAAUCCCCCGUCUACAUAGAUCGGCGCCCAACGCUCGGACGUCCGUCCCCGAUCUCCCCGCACCCGGUCAGAUCUGCCAGUGCCGGGCACCGCGGUGGAUAUAGCUUCCAGCCGGAUGCCGCGCGACCUGUCACGGUCGCCGCCGCGCCGGCGCCGGCCGUCGCCAUCCCCGCUUCGGCGCGGACCGGGCCUCAGGGAGCGCGUGCCCAGCCGCAGCAGGUCCCCUUAUCGCCCCUCCUAUAGAAGGAAGAGCCCUUCACCUUCCUCUCCCAGGAGGCGCAGGAGUCCAUCCCCAUCAAAAAGCCAUUACAAAAGAAAGAGAAGUCCAAGUGUCACUGGUUCUCCAGUUGCCAAAUCGAGCCCCCAUCUUGGGUCUACAGAGAAUAAGAAUGCCGUUGAUAAGCAAAGGCUAGAAGAAGAAAAGAAAAGGCGUCAAAAAGAAGUUGAAUUAAGGCUACUAGAGGAGGAAACUACAAAAAGAGUUGAGCAAGCUAUUAGGAAACAAGUUGAGGAUAGUUUGAAUUCUGAGGAAAUCAAACAUGAAAUACAGCGUCGAAUUGAUGAAGGGCGGAAAAGGAUAUAUGAGGAGGUUGUUGCCCAAAUUGAGAAAGAAAAGGUGUCUGCCUUGGUUGAAGCCCAACAGAGAGCGGAACGUGAGAAGAAAGAGCGAGAAGAGCUAGAGAAGAAGCUUGAAGAGGAGCGAAAGAAAGCAGAGGCGGCUCAGAUGAAGGUAGCCAUGGAGCAGCAGCAGAAAGAGCUGGAGCGGUACCAGGAGCUGGAGAGGCUUCAGAAGGAGAGGGAGGAAGCCAUGAAGCAGAAGCAGAUGGAGGAACAACAGCAGAAGCAGAACCAGAUGAAGCUGCUGGGCAAGAACAAGACACGACCAAAGCUGUCGUUCUCGCUUGGGAUGAAGUAGAUCAGCUGAUUCGUCAAGGGAAAUUAGCGCUGUAGUUUGCAUUUGUAACCAUUUGUCUGAAACCGAUGAUUGGUGGUAAGUCAGUCGUGCAAACGAUCGUGUUGUGUUAAAAGCGUAUUUUUUUUAUCAUCUGCUGUUGUAAGCUCCAUGAUAUUUUCUGACUGCCCUGUUUUCGCACUAUGUUAUCUUGCCGCUCCAAUGCAAGAUUGGUUGUAGUGCGAAAACAUCCUGUAUAAAUGGGAAAAUGCUGGUAGAGCA